CCUAGUGCAACUAUGGCAACCCCAGCGCUAGAGGCUUGAAGAGGGAGCCAAGCUGAAGGAGGUGAGAGCAGCGGGCAGUGCAUGGAAAAGAUGGAGACUGUCUUGGAGAGCCCUUGAGCCUCCCACAGGCCUGGUGUAGGCUUCCUUUUGGAAGAAUAGCCAGUUACUGCAUGAUGGCAUUUGCACCUCCAAAGAACAUAGAUGUUCCCAAAAUGCAGACCAAGAUGAGUACCUGGACACCCCUCAACCAUCAGCUUUUGAAUGACCAGGUAUUUGAAGAAAGAAGAGCUCUGCUUGGAAAAUGGUUUGACAAAUGGACAGACUCUCAACGGAGAAGAAUCCUCACAGGUCUGUUGGAGCGCUGCUCACUGUCACAGCAAAAGUUCUGCUGUCGAAAGCUUCAGGAAAAAAUUCCAGCAGAAGCCCUGGACUUUACUACCAAGCUUCCUAGGGUGUUAUCCAUAUAUAUCUUCUCUUUCCUUGACCCCCGGAGCCUAUGUCGUUGUGCACAGGUUAGCUGGCACUGGAAGAACUUAGCAGAGCUGGACCAGCUCUGGAUGCUCAAAUGCUUGCGGUUUAACUGGUGCAUCAAUUUCUCUCCAACUCCCUUUGAGCAGGGGAUAUGGAAGAAGCACUAUAUUCGAAUGGUGAAAGAACUUCAUGUUACCAAGCCCAAGACACCUCCAAAAGAUGGAUUUGUAAUUGCUGACGGUCAGCCACUGACAAGCAGUUCUCCAGGACAAAAGCAGCCCCCUUCGUCAGCUUUCCGCUCUUCCUCCACUUUAAGAAAGAAGAAUAGCUCAGGGGAGAAGGAGCUGCCGCCUUGGAGGUCGUCUGAUAAGCAUCCAACCGAUAUCAUUCGAUUUAAUUACCUGGAUAACUGCGACCCCCCCCAGCCCUGGCAAGGAAGAAAGAAAAGAAAUGAAAUGACCCCAGAUUUCAGCCGACACUCACAUGAUAAGAAAAAUAAAUUGCAGGACAGAGCUAGGCCAAGAAAAGCACACUUGCUGAUGUCCCUGAGUUCCAGCUCCUCUCUAAAAGUUCCAGCUCAUCUGGCUUGGCCCCCUCAUGCGUCAGUGAGAUCCCCAGCUCUCGAAGCAGCAACUAAAAUUCUCAUGCAGCACCUUCAGAGACACCCCGGGCUUCAGUCAUUCCUCAUCCGGGAUCAGAGUCACAGCUGAUCUGAAAAAGGGAUUGGACUGUUCUAGAAAUGACAAGACACGCUACGUGAUGGCGAGCUGGAUUCUCCAGUCUCCUCCAUUAGAAGCCCUUCCAGUUUAAGUUCCUUGUUGUAAAAGUGAGUCCUCCAGUAAAAACAAAUUAAUGGCGCAAAUGUUGAAAGUUUUACAAAGUGAGAAGUGUGACCGUAGCUACUGUGGGAUUGGUGCAGCGUCCAUAUCCAGAAUGUGAGGCAGGCCCACCAGCUCCUUGGGAGUUUAAUGAGGAGCUAUUUAUCAUGGUGACUUACUUGGUGACUAGGGCUGCAGCAGACUGGGUGUCUUUCCUCAUGGUUCUGGAGGCUGAAGUGUAAGAUGCCGGUGUCAGCAGGGCCAGUUUCUUCUGAGGUCUCUUCUUGGCUUGUGGAUGGCAUCUUCUUUCUUCCUGUGUCUUCUCUUUUCUGUGUGUGUCUGUAUCCAAAUUUCUCUUUGUGUGUGUGGUGCCAGGAUUGAAUCCAAGGCCUCCAAUGUGCUCUGCCACUGGGCUGCAUCUCCAGCCCAUAAAUCUCUUUUGAUGAGGACACCAGUCCUAUUGGAUUAGGGCCCAUCCUAAUGACCUCACUUAAACAUAAUUACCUCUUUAAGGCCCUUGCUCCAAAUACAGUCCCAUUUUAAGAUACUAGGAGUUAGGACUUUGGCAUAUGAAGUUGUAGGGGACACAAGUUGACCCAUGACACACUAUGGACAGGGUUCAGGAAAGCAAGAAGGGAUGGAGGGGCACCCAGGCACUAGCAAUAACAGAAAUCUUUAGGCAUCUGGGCUGCAGAGGUAGAGGGAAGAUCCUGGGACCUAGUCUCAGCUCUAGUCACAAGAGAGGGGUCACAAGAGAGGGGCCAGGGUGUGUGUCCUGGGUAGAGGAAAAGUUACUGUUAAGACCAAGGGUAGAGGGCUAAGACCUGUCCCUUCUCUUACCACACCUCCACACUGCUGACAGCUUCCAGUUGUUCACCAUCUGGAGGCAGGAGCAAAGACACCUGGGGGUGCCGCUCUCAGAGGCCAGCCUCCCAAGACAGUGCAGAGCUGCCAGGUGUGCUGGAAGGCUCGGAAAUGUGGGAGACGAUGGACCGUAACUGGCACCAGGGAGGGAAAGUGUACGUUUCCAGAGGCGGGAUUACAAUUAAUGUUUGAGUAACUUAAAUGGGCUUUAGUUACUGGAAAACAGAAAAUGUCACUUUGCUGCAAAAAUAUUAGUCAUACAUUCUGAACUAAAUCACCUACCCCUGUAACCAUCUCAAUGUCCCGGAAGUUACCAUUCUAGAAAACAUUUUUACCUAGGUAAAGCAAAAAUAAUAGAAAAACAAAUG